AGUUAGGCGCAGAACCCCAGGUCGCGGUGGCGAGGGACUCGGACCCGAUGGCGACCCCAGAGGCCAGCGGCAGCGGCGGGAACGGCGAGGGCAGCGACCCCUCCGUCACCUACUUCCGGCUGGAGGAGGUGGCGAAGCGGAACUCCGCGGAGGAGACGUGGAUGGUGAUCCACGGGCGAGUCUACGAUAUCACCCGCUUCCUCAGCGAGCAUCCUGGUGGGGAAGAGGUUCUGCUGGAACAAGCUGGUGCUGAUGCAACGGAAAGCUUUGAAGAUGUUGGCCACUCCCCUGAUGCCAGGGAAAUGCUAAAGCAGUACUACAUUGGUGAUGUCCAUCCGAGUGACCUUAAACCUAAAGGUAGUAACAAGGAUCCUUCAAAGAGCAGUACGUGCAAAAGUUGCUGGGCAUAUUGGAUUCUCCCCGUCGUGGGCGCUAUUCUUGUAGGUUUCCUGUAUCGUCACUUCACGAGCGACAGCAAAUCCUCCUGAGGAGACCGUGCUGAAGUGUGGGAGCGCAUGCUCCAGGGAGUGAGAAGUAGAGACUGACUUUGGAGGCUGCAGCAAUGCUCCCUCCUUGAAUCCUGCCAGUUCCCCCACUUGAAGCCAAGAUGGUUGACCAGAUGUCUAUCCUCCUUCGAUCUAGGACCAAGGUCCUUCGCCAGCCAGAGCCUGAUGCCCAGAGCAGCUACUCACAUUGUGUCCUUGCCAGGGUUUCUUCUCACUGGCUUCCACUUGUUCCCUUCAUUUCAAGAGUUAAUACUGAUGAUUAGCGUUCCUGUGUUGUAUUGACACGGCCUUUAGGGACAAGAUAUGAUUUCUGAUACUUUGAAUUUGCAUUAGAUAUAUUUAAGGGAACAGUACUCUAGUUUUGAAUCUUUUCCUGUUUUUCUUUUAAGUAAAUUUAUUUUUUUAAUUCUGAUUUAAUUUUGACAUUUAUCAUAAGGGGUUUAAUUCAUGAAGUUAAGAUGUGUCUCUCUUAGUUAAAACAUAGCUGCCAAUUAUCUUAUUUAUGAUUAUUAAAAGUAAGGGGCCUGAAAGAUAGAUCUUAGGGUAAAAGCAAUUGCCACAAAGCCUGAUGACCUGAGUUUCAUUCCCUGGACCCACAUGGUAAAAGGAGAGAAUCAAUUCCCAAAAGUUGUUUUCUGACCUCCACAUGGAUGCUGUGGCCCUAGUGUACACGACAGGUACACACUUUUAGACAUAACACACACAGGCACAGGCCAAGCACACAUUAAACAAAUGUAAUUUAAAAAACAUAUACAAAAAAAAUAAAAAUUAAA